AUGAAGAUGAUCGUGAAAAGUUCGGUUCUUUUGAUAGUUAUCACAUUUGUUUCAACAGUUUCUUCAACAUCACGAAAAUGUGAGCCUGUUCCAGGAUGUACAGAAAAUGGCGAAUUCUAUCCUAUCGGGGCUUCUGUACCGCAAAAUACUCCUUGUAAAACCUGUUAUUGUUCUGAAAAUGGAUUGGAGUGUGCAGAAAUUUUUUGUGAUGCUCCACCUCCAGGAUGUGUCGCUCAAAAUAAUCCCGAUCAAUGUUGUCCUGAAAUAAAUUGUGGUUGUGAGGUUGAUGGCGUAUUCUAUCCUAUUUAUGAACCUAUACCGCAAGAAGAUCCUUGUACAAUCUGUGUUUGUUCGGAAUAUGGAUUGGAGUGUGGACACCUUUAUUAUGAUUGUCCAUUCAUACCACGAGGAUGUGUCCAUCGAAAUAUUCCUGGUCAAUGUUGCCCUGAAAUUUUAUAUUGUGGCUGUAAGGUUAAUGGCACAGUGUAUCCUGUAGAAUCUGACGUUCCUAGUGAUGAUUCAUGCUUUACUUGUUCCUGUAAUUCCUUUGGACAAUUUUCUUGUAAGGCGAAGAUCGAAUGCUCAAAACCACAACCAGGAUGCGUUUAUCAAACUCCUCCUGGUCAAUGUUGUCCUGAAAUUUUAUAUUGUGGCUGUAUGGUUAAUGGCACAGUGUAUCCUUUAGAAUCUGAUGUUCCUAGUCCAUGCUUUUGUUACUGUGACUUCAAAGGAACAGUUUCGUGUGAGAAGGAAUGCCCAAUAAAAAAAUAUGGAUGCGUUUAUCAAGAUAGUCCUGAUCAAUGUUGCCCGGAGUUAUCAUAUUGUGGCUGUAUGGUUAAUGGCACCUUGUACGAAUCCGCCAUUCCUAGUGAUGAUUGUCCUUUUUGUACGUGUUUCUUUGGAGAAGUUCGAUGUGAGCAGGAGGAGUGCUGUAUGAAGGAUGAUGGCUCAGUGUAUCCUUAUGAUUUCGACAUUCCUAAUGAUGAUCCAUGCCUUUCUUGUUACUGUUCUAUUGGAUACGUUCAAUGUGACACGAAGGAAUGCUCAGAACCACCACCUGGGUGUGAAAAUGCGCAACCUUCUCCUGGUGUUUGCUGUCCUGAUUUUCAGGCACUCGGUUGUGAAACUUCAGAAACUUCAGAAAUGACAACUCCAUAA